AUGACGCUUCAGACCUGGCUCGGCAAUCUCUCCUACGUAGGGGACGAGUGCAAGAAAAUGGGAAAUCAAGGUGUAUUCUGCCUUAGGUACCGGCGCCACGACGACCCGAGCGGCGAGUACGACAGGUACGCCGUGUGGUCGACGCAUGGCAAAUCAAUCAAGCAGGUGACAAUUAACCCGCCCCGGUGCAUGAGGUUCAUUGGCAUGACGGGAAACAGUGUACCCAGCAACCAGUUGCACUAUUGCCCAAACGGCAAAUCCACAAUCAGCAUGCCCGUGACUUCAUCCCCGGUGUACCUCGUCCCGGAGGACGACAUGCCAGAGGAGGACAUCCCCACGACAACGACCACAGAAGCGUUGCCCACGACCACGGUGGUGACCACGGCGUCGCCCACGGUGGCGCCCACUGCGGCGCCAGGCACAGCGGCGCCCACGCAGGCGCCCACGGCCGCACCGCCUACGGAGGGGCCCACUGCGAUGCCGACAGCAAUGCCCACUGCGAUGCCGGCGCCCACGCAGGCGCCGACCCCGACGCCGACCCUGCCGCCCACGAAGAUGGCGGUCAUUCGGUUCUUGAAGUCGAGCGCGGCCACCGACCUGCGCGCCGACCGCGUGGCCUGGCUGCAGACCAUGGGCAGUCGCAGGUGGUCGGCGGCGACGCCGGGAGGAGACACGCCCGACCUGGUGCCAGGCGCCAGCUCGGCGAUGGCGCGGCCUGCGUGCGCGGAGGACAGCGCGUGGCCUCCCGCCUGGGAGCCGCUGCUCCGAGGCGGAG